AUGGAUGAACCAGUGGAAGAUGGAGAAAACAACCCUUUCCUCGUCACAAGAACUCAGGAAAAUAAUCAGAUGACUGACAAGUACUUUGAUUUGAAAAACCCUAUGGAGUGGGAUAUCGUCGGGUUCCACCGUUUUUUUAUAGAAAAAAACAAAGAUAGACCGGAGAAGCUCGAUUACAAGACGGCCGCAGACAAACUCACCAGGAGUUUGCGAGAUAUUGUGAGCACAUCAGCCAAUGCUGAUAUGAUAAGGCAGGCAUUAAAUCUUCAGGAAAAAGCUAAAGUGAGUGUAGAUUUUUCUUGUACAUAUGUGAUGUUGCAACUGGAUAGAAGUUCUCUUAGGCCGUGGUCAUAUCAACGGUUUAGUUGGUUUGGCUCUCUACAACUACGCGGGAAUUCUGCUGAUCGAGCACGUCGAAAAGGAGGACCUUUAGAUAAGAUGUGGGUAUCCGUUGAAGUCGAGCUAAAAGAGAAGAAAUUAACAGAUCUUCAGUUACAUGGACUACUACAGGCAACGCAGGAGAUACCAGGGUUGAAAUCGCUUAUAUCAAACCUUGAAGUUCAACACGAAGACAUUGCCAAAGAAAUAAAGGGUCAUUCGUGUGACCAAGUCAAACUAGUCAGCUUGCCGGCAUCACUAGUCACAUGGCUACGUUUUGUUCUUGCUAGUACUGUAGACGAGUUUGAUGAGAAGGUGAAUAUGCAAUUAAAGGAUGCUAAUGAGUAUGAAAAUGACUUGCGUAUUGUCUUUCGGGGUACAUUAAUCGACUUUCAUACCAUGAUCCGCCGUGCAAAGAGUCACACUAUUGAAAGGCACGCAUCCGAAAGAAAAUUUAUAUUAGAACAGGUUUCUAUUCCAUUCAAGUAUAUCGAAUAUGUAUUUGAGCUGGUAACAUUUAACUGGGUGGAGAAAAAUAUGAUGAUGACUAAGGCAUUGCAAUUUGUCGAAGAUCCGGACAAGAAAAUGACGACUUACAAAGUAGAUGCAUUGGCUAUUGUUAAGGAGAAUCGUAGAGAGUUUGCGACAAUCGAGGUAUCUGGCGGACCAAUUGAGCAGGAUCGUCCCCAUACACUGGGAGAUACCAAGAAGACAUUGCUGGAAGGAUGUGAGAUGCUUCAAGGUACACUACAACAAUAUCUUGAUGCGUCUCUUGACGCGGCUAAAAAACCAAAAUUUUAUACAAUGCAGGUAAUAGUUGACCGGAUUGUCCUAGUCGAAAUUUCUGUGCAUGAAUCUGGCUUUAAAGCUGUAGAAGUACGAAGUGCACGGUGGCCAUUUUCGUGGAACUCGGUGGCAGAAUACAUGCAUAUAUUUGAGUUAAUUGCUUAUUUUAUGAAAAAUCUUCGCGAUCAGGAGAAAGUAAUUAACGUGAUGGCCAGUGAGCAUCGCGGUAUAAUUGAGGUUAAGUCUAUCACAGUUCGCCAGUGGCUAAAAAGUGUACAAGAUACUUUGAACAAUAAUUCUGCGAUUUAA